CCGGUUUGAGCUAGUUCUAGUACUGGUCGGGCGUUUAUGUUAACUUACAGACUGUUCAGGAGGUGUAGGACUGACUCAUUUAGUUUCCUAAACUGUAAACGCUCGUGCUAUUCUUUUAUCUCUGCUGCACAACAUAAGCAACAAUGGGAAGGAAAAAAUCUACCGUUGACGCAGAUGCAAGUGCAGAGCCAAGGAGGAAGUCUCAAAGGUUGUCAGACAGAGAGACAGAGCCAAAACCACAGCCAGAAAAGACGAAGGCACCUCCCAAGAACAAAAAGGUGAAAGAAGCAGCAAAGGCCAAGCCAGAGGAGAAGAAAGAAGAACCUCAAGCAGAGAAAGAAGAGGCUCCUGCAGAAAAUGGAGAGGACAAAGCUGAGGAGCCAGCUGCAGCAGCAGAUGAGGCAGACGGAAAGCAGGAAGAGGCUGACGAGGAGGAAAAGGCAGCGGAGUAGUAGUGCCACCCCGAAACUAACUUGCCAAUGCUCCCCAUACCUCCUUUCUUGUACAAUGCAGAGAUUAUUUUUAUCUACUAUUUUUCAUAAGACGGCAAUGUUUUUAGGGAUGCUGAAAUGCAUUUUAAAAAAUACUAAUUCCAUUCAAUUUCAUGGCUUCUGUGAAGGGAAAGUUUCAGUCAUGUUGGGGUUUUUUUGUUUUUCAUUGUGCUCGUUUCUCUCUGGCUUCUUAUAUUGCUUGUAGGCUGUAGUUUUCUAUAUGACAUGCAUUCAUGUUCAUAUCAGGAAUUUGAUGUUGAACCGGGAGAGUUUACCUGAGACAUUCUUGAUGCAUUUUGUAACCUGUACUAUUUGGGAAUGGAAUCCAUCAUAAUGCUAUGUGUUUGAUAGCGAAUAGGAUGAUUGAUCGUUUGAGAUUUGUGUUCUAUGCGAAGUCUGGCUCGCAGCGUUCACUUUAAUCAUGUUCAUGUACUAGAAUGGGUUGGACAAUUUUUAUUUUUUUAUGCAGUCAGUGAUGGUAGUCAACGAUUUAAAUACAGUUAAAUUGUUAUAUUAAUAUUCUCAGAUGUGCUUAACAAAAUGCAAUAUUUCUCAUGGUAUUUUCACUCGGUCAACAAAAUGGAUAUGUUGAAAAUUUGUGGAUGUAGCCAUAGUGGUUUGGGGAUUUCUCUACAAAUGUACAGUUUCCUCCUUUUUUUUGUAUUAAAAAAAAAAAUUAAAAAAAAGUUUCCUUUUGUAAUGAAUGGUAUAAAAUGCCAAUUAAAGUGGGAAUUACUUAAAUGU